AUGAAAUUCACACCAAGUACUAUAAUCGAUGCACCAUCAUAUGGUGUAGACUUUUUCGAUGGCACAUUUGAUGUUGAUAAAUGUGUGAUUCUGAGAGAUUUAGACCUUGAGUCUGAUUCUGCAACAAUGAAUACAAGUUUAGCUUCUUUAGCUCCUUCUACAAACAUUCUCGAUCUGACGAACAAUAGUUUAACAGUUCUUCCAAAUCUAAGAAAUCAUAAAUCUUUACACACUUUACUUCUAGCGAGAAAUAGAAUACGAACUAUUGAUGGGAGACUCCUACCGUCUAAUCUCAAUAACUUGGUAUUGUCAAACAAUGGUAUUACUACACUAGAUCAAGUUAACGGAUUACAACAUGCACCAAAAACCAUCACAAACCUUUCGCUAAGGGGUAACCAGAUAUGUCAUCUAGAAGGUUAUAGGACAUAUAUACUGACUUUAUUACCUAGUUUACAAAUUUUAGAUUUCACCAAAAUCACUCAAGAUGAAAGAAAUGCAGUUAAAGAUGGCACAAUAAAACUGAAACAAGUUUCACACCAACUACAGGCUGAUUCUAAAGCAAUAUCUGAAGAUAAGUCUCUGGAGCUCAUGCAACAUGUCGUGCACAAAAUGACGGAUGAAAGAAAAAAAGAACUAAAGUUGCAAUUAAUUAAUGCCACUUCUUUGGAGGAAAUAGAUAGAUUAGAGAAGUUGUUAGCAGGUGGAAUUUAA